AUGGAAGACGGUCCAAGAGAGGAGCAACAGGAAGAAGUGAACGCCCUGGUACCUGUAGGUGGACAGCAAGAAGACAAUGAGGAAAUUGGACAUUUGGAUGCAGCAGCAGUGCCUGUCCCUGAUAUUGAUGAGUUGCAACAGGAGCUGCAACAGCUACAACAGCUACAACAGCUACAGCAGUUGUAUGAACCGCACUUUUUGAAGACAUUUAUGAAUAUCUUUCCUGGAUUCUACCUGUCGCUGGCCUUUAACAUGACUGGCAGCAACUACACCCUCGUCUUUGAUUGUGCCAAGUUCUUCACAAGGCAGCUGUAUGGCGAUAGAGCAGCCAUUCCAGCCUGGAUGGGCUCUGCUUACUACAUUCUACAAGCCAUGAGUCCUGAUCUGGAGGCCAUUCGAUGUGGCAUUAUUUUUCUGGUCGAGUGUGAUGGGUUCGACUGGAGGACCAACUUUGGAAUCGGCGUCUUUCAACGCUUUUGGACUGAGGUAGGAUCUGUCUAUCCUAUUCAAUAUGCUGCCUUGAAGCACUUUCAUACGGGCAUGUUCUUCAAUUUGAUAUCCUCCAUGGGCCGCAAAUUCGUCCCUCCAGAUGUUCGGCACAAGUUUGAGGUUGGACUGAAUUCCGAAUUUGGGAGGCUUGACAGACUUUACCUGACCCCCAACAUGGAAGCAUCCCGAGAACGCAUGUUGGGCCGCAUUUCCUAUAACCUCCAGCUACGAUAUGCCAACGAGGCGUCUUUCUCGCUGUAA